AACCUCUGCAGCCGGCCUUUUGCAGCUCUACAGCUACACUAGCUUGACCGUGCAGGGCCACAGCUGACGGAGAACCUAAUAACAUCCGUGGCUUGCCGUGACAAAAGUUUGCAGCGGCAUGAUGGCGCUCCGGCUGCGAUCUGCCCUCCAGCGCUCCGGUCGCCUCCUGCAGCCUCGCGGCGCGCAUCGAUGCCUGGCCAGCCGCCCCCUCGAAGCACUGCUCCCGACCCACGUGCGCAACCUCCUCGGUACGACGCCGCCGCCGGAGAAGGUCUUCGCGAACCGGGAAUUAAGGAUGGCGGACGUGAAAGCUAUUGGGUUUGAUUAUGAUUAUACCCUGGCGUCCUACACGAACGCAUUGAAUGCAUUUAUUUAUGACCGAGCGAAGGACCACCUCAUGGAGCGGAGCCACUACCCCGCCAUUGAUACGAGCUACGACCCGAGUUUCGCGAUCCGAGGCUUGUUGUUUGACAGACGGACGGGCUACCUCGUCAAGCUGUCGUAUGCUCGCGCGGUGGCCCAGGACGCCGCCUUCCUGGGCCGGCGACGGCUCGCGCCCGAGGAAUUGAGAAGAGCCUACGGGCCCGCCCUCCACUGCGACCCGCAUAGGGUCGCGGACGACAUGAGCCAAUUCAACGACCUCUUCGCGCUGAGUGAAGUAUGUCUGUUGGCCGACGUGGUCCAGUUAGCAGUCGAUAGAGGCAUCGCCUUCGACGCUUCAGCGCUCGCCGAGGACGUCGCUAGAGCCAUUAGUCACGUGCAUAUAUCGGGCGCCUUACAUGACGCCGUCCGCGGCGACCCGGCGACGUAUUUGCACCCGAUCGAGGGGUUCGAAUCACUCCUGGCGUCGCUCCGCGCGUCGGGCAAGGAGUUAUUCGUGCUUACGAACUCUCCGGUACCGAUGCUCGAAACCGGGAUGAAAUACUUGCUCGGUGAUACCUGGCGCGACGCGUUUGACGUCGUCGUCGCGUCGGCGCGGAAGCCCAAGUUCUGGAGGCGGGACCAGCCGUUCCGAGCUGUGUCAACACACGGCUACGUCAAGUGGUCGCGGGCUUCUGGUAGGGAUUUGGAGAAAAAUAGAGUGCUGCUCGGCGGCUCGCUGGCGGAGCUGUCGCGGCUCACAGGAUGGGGGAGUGAAGUCCUGUAUGUGGGCGACCACGUCCACGCCGACCUCAGGGAACCGCGGCGGCAGGGCUGGGCCACGGCGGCGAUCGUGCGGGAACUGGAAAGAGAACUGGACGUCGUGAACACGGCCGAAUACAAAGCACUCCACGAGCGGUCCGUGGAGGCGGACCAACUUCUCACGCGGGUACAGGCGUUGGGCGACGUCAGGGGCCUCGACGCGUUGGAAGAUGAGAGAGAAGCCAUACGCGUGCAGAUGCGCCGGUCCUUCAACGAGAAUUUCGGGUCGGUCUUCCGCCAUAGAGCGGACGCGACGGCGUACGCAUUUGCCCUAAAACAGCACGCCGACAUCUACACGUCGCGGCUCGAGCACCUGCUCGCCUGCGCGGACAGCACGCGGUUCUACCCGACGCGGUGCCGGCUGCUGCCGCACGAUCCAUAGUCUUCUGCUGUGUUUUUGUAUAGGUAUAAUCGAGUGUCGUAUUCUA